AGUAAUGUCAAAUCCAAUGGGUAGCUUAUCAGAAGGCACAGUGUAUGGAUCCCGGAUUGGGAUGACAGAGGACUCCCUCGCCCUGGAGAGAAACAGGGGCUCUGGAGAACCCUGGGAAUUGGGGGAGAUGAAAUCAAGCGUGGAAGCCCUGGAGCGUGGCAUACCAGGCCUCUACCUCUCCUGCUUCGACAUGCUCCUCACUGAGGACGCCACCUGGCUGGUGAAGGUUUCAGAGGCCUCCCCAGCGCUGGCUGUACCCAUGACUCGCAUGGAGUCCCAGGAGGAACCAGAGCAGUGCCCCGUCAUUGAUAGCCAGGAACAGGGACUCUCUCCUGGGAUGGCGGGGCAGGAGGAAGAGCGGUCUCUGGAGCAGGUGCAGAGCAUGGUGGUGGGAGAAGUGCUGAAGGACAUUGAAACAGCCUGCAAACUGCUCAAUAUCACCCCAGACCCUAUUGAGUGGAACACAGGGAAUGUCCAGAAGUGGCUGCUGUGGACUGAACAUCUGUACAGGUUGCCCCACGCGGGAAAGGAAUUCCAGGAGCUGACAGGAAAGGACCUGUGUGCCAUGAGUGAGGAGGAGUUUCACCAGCGCUCACCGCAGUGUGGAGACACACUGCAUGCACAUCUGGACAUAUGGAAGUCAGCUGCCUGGAUGAAAGAGAGGUGUUCAGUUGGAGAUACAAAAACUACAGUUGGCGAGGAACUUUGGUCCGAGGCAGAUUCAUCUUGUUCAGGUCAGCCCAUUCAUCUGUGGCAGUUCCUUAGAGAACUACUUCUUAAACCUCACAGCUACGGACGCUGCAUCCGCUGGCUCAAUAAAGAAAAAGGUAUUUUUAAAAUUGAAGAUUCUGCUCACGUUGCAAGACUGUGGGGACUCAGAAAGAAUCGACCUGCAAUGAACUAUGACAAGCUGAGCCGGUCCAUUCGUCAAUACUACAAGAAGGGCAUCAUCCGUAAGCCUGACGUGUCUCAGAGACUGGUGUACCAGUUUGUUCACCCAGUAUGAGGCAGCAGCAUAGUGGGAAGAGUAGGCGGCGGAGAUGGAAACCUUCAAAACUAAAAGGACACAUUAUCUCCCCAUGCACUUGAACACCUAAGCCUGAGAUGAAAAAGGUGACAUGGAUCAUGUGCACUGACCGACUCCAAUGGUACACACUUCCAGCAGGUAGCUGCUGCAUGAAGGCUUAUCAAAUCACGAGCAAGAGACAAAACAAUGUGGCUGUUGGGGCUUUUUGAAUGAAACAACCACAUAUUAAAAAAAACAGGACAAAAAAAACAACAAAUACACUGCCUUGUCAUUUGCAUGAUCUGCCUGCUUAUUUUUCUAUUAUGUGAUUCUUAAUUAUCCUUUAUUUACCGCCAAUUACCAAUAUUUAGAACUAACUGCUUUUACGUACACAGUUCAGGAAAACGCCCAUCGCCCACAGCUACAUUUGCUUUGUCUUUUUGUUUCACUCAUCUUGACCACUCUGUCUCUGUUUGAUUUAGAGCCAGUUUUCCUGCCACCGUUGAAAUUGUGGUUAGGAUUGUUUUGCUUCGUUUUCGGGUUUGGUCCUGGCUGUUACACAUACAGUCAGUCAGUCAGUUUUUGUAACCCAUCAACUCCCUGACAGGGCGAUCCUCAAACCCUGUUGUGACUGUAUUGAUAAUGCCGCUUAAAUGUGAUUUUUUUGGUAAGGUGUAACUUAGUAAAGAGGGAUGCAUUCCCUUAAUAUAGUUUCACUGCUGAGGAGCCCUACUUUAUUAUGCUGUCAACUUUUGUUUAUACUGCUGUAUAUUGCAUUUUAUGUUGUGGGUGUUUCACAAUCGAGACCCAAAGUGGGUGAAAUAAAUAGAUAUAAAAUAAAUAAUCAUAUAAAUAAAUACAGACAAAAUGUGUGACAUAAAGAUAAAAUUGUAAAAUACACUUAAGCCAUGCCUAUAGGGAUGGUAAUGUUGGUCUCUCUGUCCACUACUUUGGCCCAGACAGCACUCGACUACUUUUUUGAUGGAUUAACAUGACAUUUGUAGCAGACAUUCAUGUGCUCCUCAGGAUGAAUUAUAAUAACUUUAAUGAUCGUUUAAUGUUUCCGCAAAAUAUAAGUUUGUCCAAUACUUUGGUAUUCAGUCAUCAGCCUCUGUUGUAUAUUUUGUGGGGCUACUUCACAAAUGUUAGCAUGCUAACACACUAAAGUAAGACAAGUAGGUCAAUCUGCAGGUCCACAGUACUACAGGAGAGGUCUUCUACAUGCCACAAACCUCUCAACUGUUGCACCAAAACAACUUGGUUAGGUUUAUGAAAAUAUCAUGAUUUGCGUUAAUAUAAAUAUGUUAAUUCAGAAAGUUAUCUCAGGGGGCCUGUCAUGCAGUAAAGUGGGUGUGUCAUGCAGCCUGCAAGUCUGCACAUAGACCCUUCUCAAAGAUGGUAAACAUUGUACCUGCUAAACAUCAGCAUGUAAGCAUUGUUAUUGUUAGAUUUUAGCAUUUGGCUCAUAGCAUCACUUUUCAAUACAAACUCUUUGUCUUUCUGUCAAGAAAAAACAGAGCGGAGCCAUUUAUUUGGCUUUCGCUUAUUUGGACGUGAACAGCAGCCAUUGACAACAGCUAAUUUAUUGACUUGCUCUGUCCUGUUUGUCUUGAUUGAUAAAUAAAUAUCUGGUGAUGAAAGUGACAUUAUAAAAAAAAAUGCUGUUUUGAUUUUCACAGAAAGAAUGCUGGAUUGAAAUAAAAAGCAUUUUAUUUUGAGAAGAAGCAGGAUGAAAUAACAUUUUAUUGAAUAUAUUGGAUACAAUAUGUAUUGGAUUAAUU